CUCUGCUCUCUCCCUUUUUCUUUCCCUGUAAUAUGAUACAUGAGGAAACUUUGUCCAAACAUUGACAGAGAAGAUGGCCUUGAGACCGUCCUGGAGGUCCCAAUACCAGACGAAAUGCUCACUAGCAUGGGCAGCAAUGUUCAACUACGUUGGCAAAACAUGCUCACAUGGAUGAAGGCUCAAACUUCCGAUAAAUGGUCGCAGCCAGUUAUCGCCAGACGCCUUAAUGAGCUUCGCUUCCUCCUUUACCUUGUUGGAUCUCCUCUUAUCCCCCUUCAGGUCCAAGUUGGCCACUCUGUUCACAAACCGUUGAGAGACUCUUCCAUUCAAGCUUCAACAGCCAAAUACAUUGUCCAACAAUAUAUAGCAGCUACUGGAGGGCAAGCAGCAUUAAAUGCAGUGCAUAGUAUGUGUGUGACAGGCCAAGUCAAAAUAAAAGCAUCAGAAUUUUAUCAAGCCAACGAGACCAUCAGUGUGAAGAAUGCUGAGGAAGCCGGUGGGUUUGUGCUUUGGCAAAAAGAUCCAGAUUUAUGGUGCCUAGAGCUCAUUGUGUCUGGAUGUAAGGUAAUAUGUGGAAGCAAUGGCAAGAUUUCAUGGAGACAUUCAAACAAUCAACAAGCACCAAUCUCAAAGGGUCCUCCCAGACCCUUGCGCAGAUUUUUACAGGGUUUGGACCCAAGAUCCACAGCCAAUCUAUUUAUAGAUGCAGCAUGCAUAGGUGAGAAGAUAAUAGAUGGUGAAGACUGUUUUAUUCUUAAGCUGGAGACCAGUCCUGCAAUUCGAGAGACACAGAGCGGCCCCAACUAUGAGAUCAUUCACCACACAAUAUGGGGCUACUUCAGCCAGAGGUCCGGCCUGUUGAUUCAAUUUGAGGACUCGAGGCUGCUAAGCAUGAGAAUAAAAGAAGACGACGAGGUCUUUUGGGAGACCAGCACUGAGUCAGUAAUGGAAGAUUACAAGUGUGUUGAUGGUGUUAAUAUUGCACACAGUGGCAGAACUCAUGUCAAAGUUUUUAGAUAUGGAGAGCAAUCAUCCAACCACAAGAAGGAGAUGGAAGAGAAAUGGAAGAUUGAAGACGUAGAUUUCAACAUAUGGGGUUUGUCAAAGGAUCACUUUCUCCCCCCUACAGAAAUUAAAAAUGAAAAACGAGGUAGGCGACUGAUAUAAGCUCAAGUAUGUUGUUUUUACAAGACAUGAGUUCUUAACAAAAACAUGUAAAUACCAGUAAAAUUAAAAAAAACUUUCUUUCAAAAUACGGGAACAUUUUAGAGGAUUGCUUCCCUUGAGCCUUUUUCCUUCUCUCAUUCUCCUUGAAGAUGAGCUAUAUCCCAGGUGCAUAUACUCCAUGACCUUUAGGCAGACUAUUUACAUUUCAAUGAGUUCCACAACAUAUAAUAUGAGGGUAAAUCCCAUAUUAUCUUACUCCAGCGCACUGCAAC